AUGAACAACGGCAAGCACGAGAGCAAGACGACGGCCCGAAAGUUUGUCUGGAAGAACAUGACCAUCAUAUUCGUCGUGCCAGGGGACCCCGCCUGGUACCUGACGAAGCUACGCGACAUGUACAACAACUUUACCUCCUCGGUGAUCAUGGUGACCAAUUUCUUUUUCUGCGAAGGCCACACGCUCAAGAACGUCAAGCACAUGCACAUCAUCGGUGGAUUCCCCACCUACGAGUGUGCGACCAUGUUUCAGGCGCUGGGCCGCGUCUCGAGACUCGGCUCACACAGCAACGUGGACUCGGCCGUGGUCAAGGUGUACAUGUACAACGGCCAGCACUAUGCCACGAGACGCGGCAAGGCCGUCGACAGGGAGAACGUGAUUCGGAGAGCCAUGGUCAGAAUGAUUCGAGACACCCCCCUUUCUCCGGCCACCGCAGACGGUAGACUCUCGAACCUGCUGGCGCUGUACGCGACCAACAACGACGACAACCGCAAGAGCGAGCCUUCCGCAGACCAGAGCGAGAUCGACAAACUCUUGGCCGCCACAUCGCGCUUUGCGUCGUCAAAGUACUCGUACAACAUUACCGGAAUAGGCAUGUGCCUCAUUGACGACUCCAUCAACAGGUACAAGAUUGUCCAGAAGCGAGCCUUGCGGCAAUAUUUAUUCGACAAGCGAGUAAAGACCACCAAGAACAUACGAAUCGUCAAGGACUUUAUGCGAUCCGCCUCCUUCGGUCCGGGCGAGAUUUUUCUAUCGGUGCCGGACGUGACCUUGACGGGCGACGCGCUCGUCGAUAACAUCAGACGUCACGUUGUAAACAGGUACGUCAUCUCGAACAAGAUAGAUAACUUGCCGCAUUACGCAACGUCCUACAAGAAGCUCAUAAAAGGCGCAAAGCUGGCAAACAUGACCAUAACCGCUCUGCGGAAGGUGCUACAGCAGGCCGGACUCGGGUCCGACUUUACCCACCGCAACGAGGCCAUCCUGGCGUUGUACGAGUGGGGGCGCGCAAAUAACAGGAUCAUUGUCCUGACCCAGUUAUGA